GAGACCGGCUGCGAGAAAGAGAGAGCAGAUAAAGAGAGAGAGGGAGAUGGGAGAGAGAAAGAGAGAGCAGAUGAAGAGAGAGAGGGGGAUGUAAGAGAGAGUGAGAUGCAGAGAGAGAGAGAAAAUGAGAGAGAGGGGAGAGGGAGAUAGAUAAGGAGAGGCAGACGGAGAGGGAGAGCAGAGAAGGUGAGAGAGAGAGAGAGAGAGAGAGAAAGAGAGAGAGAGAGAGAGUAUAAAGGGGAGCGCGAGAGGCGAGUAAGAGGAGGAGGAGUAGGAGAGCGGAGCUCGAGCUCCGAUCACGAGUCAUGAGGAGAGGACGGAAACGGGGAGUUUAAGCGCGCGAGCUCUGCAGAUGAGGGAGAGAAACGAGAAUCGGGCAUCAAAGAAUGGCCGCUCCUGAUCUUCUGGACCCUAAAGCCGCCGCCCACAACUCCAAGCCCCGCCUUUCGUUCUCCGCCAAGCCGGUGGUGCUGAACACGCCUGACGAUUUUGAGCCGCGAGUCAGCGUCAUGCGUUGGAAAACUGUUCUGACCGUCUUUCUGCUGGUGGUGCUCUACCUGAUCAUAGGAGCCACCGUGUUCAAGGCUCUGGAGCAGCCACACGAGAUCUCCCAAAAACUGGCCAUCCUCAACAAAAAGCUCAAUUUCCUCAUAGAGCAUCCCUGCGUCAACUCCACCGAACUGGAGGAAUUAGUGAAGGAAGUGAUUCAUGCAAUCCGAGUAGGAGUGAACCCAUCAGGAUAUGCGUCCAAUCAGACGAGUUUAUGGGAUCUCAGCAGCUCUUUCUUCUUUGCUGGAACUGUUAUCACUACUAUAGGGUUUGGGAAUAUUUCGCCUCACACAGAAGGGGGCCGGAUUUUCUGUAUUGUCUACGCUCUUCUGGGAAUCCCUCUGUUCGGCUUCCUGCUGGCGGGAGUGGGUGACCAGCUGGGGACCAUAUUUGGGAAGGGCAUUGCCAAAGUGGAGAAAAUGAUUGUGAAAUGGAAAGUGAGCCAGACUAAGAUUCGUGUAAUCUCCACGGUUCUCUUCAUCCUCUUUGGUUGCCUGCUCUUCGUGACGUUGCCAGCCAUCAUCUUCCAGCACAUCGAGCGCUGGAGCACACUGGACGCUAUCUACUUUGUCGUCAUCACACUGACGACCAUUGGUUUUGGAGAUUUUGUGGCAGGUGGGUCUGAGAUGGAGUAUCAGGACUACUAUAAACCAGUGGUCUGGUUCUGGAUUCUGGUGGGUCUGGCCUACUUCGCUGCAGUUCUCAGCAUGAUUGGAGACUGGUUCCGAGUCAUAUCAAAGAAAACUAAAGAAGAGGUGGGCGAGUUCCGGGCACACGCUGCAGAGUGGACCGCCAACGUCUCAGCAGAGUUCAAAGAGACCCGCCGGCGGCUGAGCGUCGACAUCUACGACAAGUUCCAGCGAGCCGCCUCCAUUAAACGCAAGCUUUCGGCCGAGCUGGGCCUCAACAACCCGCCUGUCAACCAAGAGAUGGGCAAGCGCACGCUGUCCGUCAACCUGGGGGACGAGAGGGAGGUGUACCCCUCCUACCCGCUUUCCCGUAACGGCAGCCUGUUCAUGAACGGUCUCAGUCCGGAGUACGCCGCCGACCGCCGGGACAUCGCUGUUAUAGAACACCUGAAAUGAGAGAGGGAGAGAGAGACUGAGCACCAGCCUUACAACUAUAUCAAAAAAGUCAAAUAUACACAGUUAUCCCCUUCACUUCUCCAAUGUAGUUUAUCAGGUAAGACGUUUGGUGUCGGGAAUUUGGUCAUAGGAAACUUCAAGGUUAACAUUUAACAUGUAACAGAAAGUCGUCCUGCACUACCGAACUAUCAUUGCAUUCUUAAAUAUUAAAAUAGCAAAUGAAUCUGCAGAAAAUUAGAUUAUUCCACUAAUUUGAUCAAUGUGUUUACAUGCACCUGGGUAAUCAGGUAACGGGAAACUCCAGAUUUACAUGAGCCAAGCAAUAAUUGAAUUUAUAUUUUACAAUCAGCUAUUAAUAUUGGGAACAUUUGUUUUCUUAAUAUACAUUUUUUCUAAUAUUUAUUUAGUUCUAAUAAUGCUGAUUUUCUUGUAGAUUUUUUUAAAUAUUUGCUUCAGUUAUGGUGAUGAGUUUCUUUUUUUUGGGGGGUGGGGGGGAUUAAUUAGCACCUGUGCUAGUUCGAGUAAUGUUUGUGAGCAGCAUGCACUGAUUGAGAAAACCGUAAAAAAAAUCAGAAUAAGCAUAUACAUGCGUAUAUGUAUAUGGCUCUGGAAAAAUGAAGAGACCCCACUUAAAAAUGAUGACUGGCAUAAAGUUAUCCAAAACAGUGUGUAAGACUGGUGGAGGAGAACAUGCCAGAUGCAUGAAAACUGUGAUUAAAACUCUUCCACCAAAUAUUGAUUUCUGAACUCUUUCAACUCUGAGCUGGUUUUCUUUGCAUUAUUUAAGGUCUGAAAGCUCUGCAUCUUUUUUUGUUAUUUCAUCCAUUUUUCAUUUUCUGCAAAUAAAUGCUUAAAUUACAUUAUUUUUUAUUUGGAAUUUGGGAGAAAUGUUGUCUGUAGUUUAUAGAAUAAAACAACAAUGUGCAUUUUACUUAAAUGUAUACCUAUAAAUAGCAAAAUCAGAGAAACUGAAAAUGAAGUCUCCAUGGAAACGUAUGAUAAGUAUUUUUCCACAAUAUGCAUCAAAACAUACAGAAUAUUAUAGGAGGAAAAGAUAGAAUAAAUGAUUAUUAUUAUCAUUAUAAUUAUUAUCAUUAUUGCAAAUUUGUUACUAUAUAUAUAUAUAUAUAUAUAUAUAUUUACGUUUUUAAGUUAUACACCACUAUAUCCAAAAAAAUUAUAUAUUGUCUUUUGUUGAAAAAUAGCAGAAAAAUUGUAAUGCUCAAGAUUUCAGUCAUAUCAUCUCACUUCAAGUCAAAUCAUCUUCGCCUACAAACAAACCUACAAUAAAAAACAAGCAAGAUCUAUCAAUCAGUUUUUUUACAGCCAGCUAAAUAUCUCUGCCUUAAGAAGCAUCCUCCAGACACCAAACACGUCUUAACUGAUCCACUACAUUAGAGACUAUGUGGAGAAACUGUGUGAAUGUGUGAACUGUGUGAAUCUUUCAGCAACAUAUGGAGGGUGUGGACAACGUGUGAGGGGAACGGUUCUAAAAGAUGAAGAUUAAUAAAGAGAAAGAGAGAGAGAGAGAGAGAGAGAGAGAGAGAGAGGAGAUCAGAAGUGGUGAAAUUGUGAAAGAGGGAGCUGGUGAUGAAAAUAGCAUCAGGAAUUGAGGGACGGCGCUGUGUUUGCUGGGGCAGUGUGUUCUGUGCUCUUUUCAGCAGGUGAAGCUCCACAUGCUUUAUUACAGGACUGAGGGUACGUUCUCAUUAUAAGCCUUUUCCCACAGUUCCAGUUCUCUAUGGAGAUCAGAUCUUUCCAUCAGUACAGGUCACAGUCACAUUUGUGUGUGUGAAUGACACAUAUCUGUCACUAAACAGACGUGCAGCUCGAACAGACUAACACAUUUCAGCACAUUGCUAGCUGUUCAGCGUUCAUAACCUUUUUCUUGUUUAAUGGAAUAUUCUGGGGUUUAUACUCUGAAAGAUUUGCUGAGAGAUUUUAAGGUCAACACUGAAGUUUUUAUAUCUUUCAUAGCUUUUUGUAAUAUUUAUAUACAAAUCUGUGUAAGGAGGAAAGGAGUGUUAAACAUACCGGCGACUAUUUAAUUGAGAUCAGAUGCUUAUUCAAAAAAUUCACUCUCCUUAAUCCACACUGACACUGCUCUAUAGGCACAAACUGUAUAGUCAAACUCAGCCAUUUGUUUCCUAAAUAAUCUGGACUUUACUGAAUCUGGGUUAUACAAACUUUAGAAAUGAAUUAUGAAUUAAAUUCUUGAAUUUGAGUAGAAUUUGAAGUGAGAUUGCAAACAGGAAGUGGAAUUGCGGAAUUUAAUUAAAUUUAAAUUCAAAUUGCAGGAAGUAGGAUCAGAAUUCCAUGAAAGUCAAAGAAAUUUCUAAUACAUAGUGAAGGUGUAUUUAAGAAUGAAUCUUUACAGUAUAUGGUAAAUAUGAUCGCAACAUGAAUUUUUAGAUAGAUACUAUUGUGUGGACCAUAAAUUAACAUUAAAUACAGACUAUAAUACAGAGCUCUAAAAACUUUCAAAUUGUUUAAAAUGAUAGAACAGAAUUUCAUUUUCCAGAAUACCGUGCUUUAUCCAAGUCUUCAAGUCUUCAUUUUGUAUAAAGUACACUUCAGAGAAAGAAGGUAAUUGUAGGUCUGAGCUGGUUUGUACUAUUAAUUUUUGUAUUUACAGCAAUAUACAAAAUGACACACGUAUGUGAUAAGAUACUGAAUUGCAAUGAAUUCAAUUAUUUUAAAUUCAUUCCAACAUACUGUAGUGUGUAUUUCAUUCAAAUUCAAAUGCAUCCAUUGAAUUAAAUUAAAUUCAAUUCUAAACUUCAAAUUUUGGCACAGCCCUGCUCAAAAUGUUCUCCAGAAAUGUUAGCCAGUAUCAUUGUCUUCAGUGUUAAAAGUGUUAAAAGACUAUCAAAUUUGGAUUAGAUGCUUUUUAAUAUUUGAUGCUUUUAGCACCUCCAUGUAUCACAUGUGUCCCCAGUUUAGGAGUUUAUACAAUAGUGAUUCAAACCACUCACUAUUCAAGAUCAUUUUUGGUGUUUACACAGCUCUGAAAAAACAACAACAAUCCAAUUUCUUUCACCCUAAUGUGAACAAACAUUUAUGCUUCAUAAGAAGAAGACUUGGAUUUCUACUGUAAUGUACAUACAUCCCUUCAUUCAUUGCUAUUCACAUAAUAUAUGACAGAUAUGUGUCAUUAAAAAAGACCCAAAUAUGAAUUGCUAUUCACAUUAACCCUUUCAGACCCUGCAUCCAUUGCAAUGGACAACAUCUGUUUUUUUGUUUAUUUCUUGUGUAUUCUUGCAUUUAACACAGAUUGAGGCCUGUUGUCCAACAGAAUUUAAAUUUAUUAACCAAUCAAACAGCAGCUAAGUCCUGCCUACUACAUUGGACAAAAUAAAAAAAAUAUUUUAUAAUAAAAAUUAUAAUAAAAAUUAUUCAUAAUAAAAAUAUUUUUAUUGCUUAGGGAUGAUUUGUGAAAUAGAAAGUGAUCUAAAAGUCAUAAAUAAUAAAAAAGAACAAUGUUAAACACAUGAAUACACUGCAUUUAACAUAGAAAUGUAUUUCUAGUACAUUACAGACAGGAAACAGCACGCUU